AAAUAGCGUGCACCAAAAGCCACCAUACGCCCACAAGCAUCUUAUUCCUUCCAUUUUUUCCCCAAUUUCUCUCAGGCGGUUUAGUUCUCCCCUUUCUCCUGCGCUUCCGGAUUCACGUUUUGUUUCUGGAUAUCAAGGCGAUCUGCGUUGGGAACGAAUUGCUGAUAUCUGAAGUGUAGUAAACAUGGUAUGAAUUGAUUAUGAUGCAGUUUUAUGCUUUGUGGAGUAAAAUUAUCGGAAAUGUUUUACGAUGGAUAUGGCUACCAUGGAACAUCCUUUGAGCAAACCUAUAGGUGCUAUCCAGCAUCUUUCAUUGACAAGCCACAUAUAGAGAAUGGUGACAAAGUUAUCAUGCCUCCUUCUGCUCUUGACCGACUUGCAUCUCUUCAUAUUGAUUACCCUAUGUUAUUCGAGCUCCGAAAUGCUGCUACUGAGCGUGUCUCGCAUUGUGGGGUUUUGGAGUUCAUUGCUGAAGAAGGCAUGAUAUAUAUGCCCUACUGGAUGAUGGAGAAUCUGUUGUUACAAGAAGGAGACAUUGUACGUGUGAAAAAUGUUCCACUUCCAAAGGGUACUUAUGUUAAAUUGCAGCCUCACACAACGGACUUCUUGGAUAUCUCCAACCCAAAAGCUAUCUUGGAGAAAACGCUUAGGAACUUCUCUUGUCUGACCACUGGAGAUAGCAUUAUGGUGGCCUAUAAUAAUAAGAAGUAUUACAUAGAUAUCAUUGAGACGAGGCCAUCAAAUGCAAUUAGCAUCAUUGAAACUGAUUGUGAAGUGGACUUUGCCCCCCCUCUUGAUUACAAGGAACCAGAAAAGCCUUCCCAAUCCAUUCCAGCAAGCAAGUCUUCUGCUGCAGGUCAAGAACCUCCAGUUGAAACUGAACCAAAGUUCAAUCCAUUUACUGGUUCUGGGAGACGAUUGGACGGGAAACCUUCAAAAGCCCAGCCUUCUCCAUCUUCGUCGUCUGGUUCUCAAGACAAGAAAACAACUGCAUCCACAGUCAUCCCGGGCAGCAGUUCUAGCUCACAAAGCACUAAUCGCCAAUCUCAGGGAAAGCUCGUCUUUGGCUCAAAUGCCGGUCGCCCUCGUGAAACACAGAAGCAGGAUACUCCUAAGGAGGCUAAGCAGGAACCCCCUAAGAAUGAAGACCCCAAAUUCCAGCCCUUCACCGGAAAGAAGUACUCACUGAAGGGUUGAUUUUAUUGUACACUUCUUGCUUUAUAUCCGUUACUUAUCAUCAUCUUUCAUAUGUGUAUCUUUCUCUCCUCUUCUGGAACUGAAUUCAAAUGAGACCAUCUGUUCAUGGAGUGGAAUGAUGAGUUCUUUUCCAAAUUCAUCAAAAGAAACUAUUAUACAUUUUUCUAUUUCUCUAAUUAUAAUUCCA